UGAAAGACGAAGCUCAAGCCUGCCUCCAUUUUUCUCUCUCUCUCUUUUUUUCAUUUCUUUUUACUUUUUUCAAGCCGCAAUUAAAAGCUCAGGGAAACACUUAGUUUUAAGGCGGCCUUUAAGGCACCCUAUAUAUCAGUCCAUACAGCGGUAAGGGCCAAUCUCAUGUAUCAGUUACACAUAUAUCAACGAAGGAAGAAAACAGGCCCAAACCAAAGAGGUGUGCAGGGAAAAAAUCAGGGGGAUGACUGAAGCUAUCACCUUGCUAAUCCUUGCUGUCCAAACUGGCCUCAUUGAGCUGCAGGUCAUCCACAGAGCCUUCCUCCUCUCUAUCGUCCUCUUUAUUGUUGCUGCUUCCAUCCUGCAGUCCAUGCUGGAGAUAGCUGAUCCUAUAGUCCUAGCCCUGGGAGCAUCUAGAGGAGUUUGUGGAAGCACUUCCGUGCAGUUUCUCUCUGUCUCUUCCUGCUGAUCUUUCCAGCGUACAUGGCUUAUAUGAUCUGCCAGUUCUUCCACAUGGACUUCUGGCUUCUCAUCAUCAUCUCCUCCUCAAUCCUCACCUCUCUCCAGGUUGCGGUGUGCGUGAUGUGCUAUGGUGUAUCAGAGACUGUAUUUGGCGAGUGGAGUGUGAUGGGAAGCACCAUCAUCUUGGUCCACUCGUACUAUAACGUCUGGCUCAGAGCCCAGCUGGGCUGGCAGAGCUUCCUGCUCAGGAGAGAUGCUGUACACAAGAUAAAAAGCCUCCCUACAGCUAGCAAUACACAGCUGGAGCAGUAUAAUGACAUCUGUGCUAUCUGCUUCCAGGACAUGACCAGUGCUGUGUUCACUCCGUGCAGUCAUUUCUUCCACGCUGGCUGUCUGAUGCCCUCUCUGUCGUUCACAACCAAGAGCCAAUCACCAACUAACCGUGGAGCUACCCGAGGUACACCUGCAGCCAAUCAGAACCCUGCAGGACAGGAAGAAGGCACUCUACUGGAUGACAGGAAAGAGGGAGCGUCAGUAAAGCAGGAGGGAGAUAAUGAAACUGCCACAUCAGCAGGGGAAACCUCCUCUUCCACCUCCCCCACUGGCAUGUCUGCUACCCUGCCCAUCGUCAAACCUCCAUUAUCAUCUUCCUCUUGUUCUUCUUCUCCUCUUGCAACUGAUUCUGUGCUGCACCAGUCCCCUGCAGAUCACCCUUCUGCAUCUUCUUUCUCUACCUCUUACACAUCAGACACACCCGACGCUCCUGCAUCUCUCUGCCAUUCUGUCUCCACCUUUCACCAACCAACUUCACAGGUACUGACCUAAGCAGAGGCGAACCCUGCUAAACCCGAAUCC